AUGCCGCCCCGCCGUGCACGUGUGGCGCCUCGCCGCCUGAUCGAGACUAUCGGGAGUGAUCCAGCCACUUCUCAUCCGACUGAGAGAGUCCAGGGGGACGAGACUGAUCAGACAGUACUGGAUGGACCAGAUCAUGGCCAGGAGAGCAGGAUGGGAGGAUCGACCCAGGUGAUGGAGCUGAUCAGAGAGGUGGUUGGGCUAGUUCGACAGCAGAGGGGACCACAGCAGCUAUUUCCCUCUGCUAGUUCUUCAGAUCAGGGGAGGAGUAUAGCGGAGUUCAGAAAGUUAGCUCCUCCGGCCUUCAAGGGAACUACCGAUCCCCAAGAGGCCGAAUGGUGGAUAGAUGAGAUGGAGAAGUCCUUCAGGGCCAUGGGUUGUACUGAGGAGGAGAAGAUCAGAUUUGCCACCUAUAUGCUUCAGGACCGGGCUCACCAUUGGUGGGAGUCUGUAGAGAGGACCAUGAUGCAGGAUGCAGGAUCUGUGACCUGGCCGGGAUUCCGCAUGGCCUUCUACUCCAAGUAUUUCCCUUCCAGUCGUAUCAGGGAGCUGGAGAGGGAGUUUCUGAGCCUCUCUCAGGGGAGUAUGACUGUGGAGGACUAUGAGGCUGAGUUUGAUCGGUUGUCCCGUUUUGCACCAUCUCUUGUCCAAGACCCUAAAUCUAGGAUGAGUAGAUUUGAGGAAGGACUGAGGCCUCGCCUGCGUCAGGGUUUAGCUGCUGUUCACUCGACUGAUUAUGAUGACCUAGUUGACAGAGCUAAAAAUAUGGAGAUCAUCUAG